AUGGACAAAUCGAAGAAUACCGCCACCAUCUCUAAAUGGGGGGUUGCCUGUUCUCCGUGUGCCCUUGCUAAGGCGAAAUGCUUGCGGCCAGGUGGAGCAGUCGGGUCCAGAUGUGAAAGAUGCACACGAUUAGGCAAGGAUUGCCUUAACCAGAUUCACAAACCGAGAAAGAAACGACAAAGCAGACCUUCGAAGACGGCGCAGCUGGAAGAGAGACUUAACAGCCUAGUAGAUUUCUUGAAAGUCGCCGACUCAAGGGAUAUCCCAACCCCGCUGAGAAAUGCCCUGGAAAGCAGACAACUCACCCCCCCCCUUAAAGGGCCCGGGGCGUUGCGAGGAUCACAGCGUGAAGAACAAGUAGGCGUUGGCACUGAAUCCCCAACACAAGAAAUGGAUCAUGGAUCGCCAUACAUGAUACCCGACUCUUACAACGAGCAUGCCCCUCGCGUAUGUGUUUGCCGUGCCCAAGCAGGCGAGGUGCCAGUUCCCCUCGAGCCAGAUGACGCCUUACUGUCGACUUUCGUUACCAAGCUGAUGCCCCAUUACCCAUUCGUCGUGAUUCCGCUCGGUACCACCGCGCUCGAACUCUCAUCCAAGAAACCUUUCCUAUUCGCGGCGAUCCGUAUGGUCGCCUCAUACCGGAAUCUCAAGUCGAUGAGAUCCCAAAACUACUUCAUGAUGAGACACAUAUCCGAGCACAUGCUGAUGCGUUCGGAGAAAUCCCUAGAGAUGCUACAAGCGAUCCUUCUCAUACUAGGAUAUUACCACUACCAUUGCAUGAUACAUGCACAGAUGAACAAUCUCAUCGCAUUAGCCAAUAGCAUGGUGGCGGAUCUCUGCAUCAAUAAACCCCCCGAUCUUCAGGAAAGGACAAAGCUACUAGCGACAGAUCCCGAGAAUCCCGAAGCUAGGACGAAUGACGAGCGGCGGGCGCUUUGCGGCGUCUGGUAUAUAACUUCUCUCAACUCGCUCACAUUUCAGCGAACCGACUCCCCUAAGUACACUACUUACAUCGAGAGGUGCGUUGGAGAUCUCGAAGCCGAUAAUGAGUACGAAACCGACUCGCUCUUGGUCCACCUGGUCCGUAUCCAGCAUCUCUCGGAACGAAUUUCCCAGUUAUAUAACAACAGAUGGGGUAACGAUGGCCCGACGGGAAUCGCGCACGCGCCUAUCAGUGCUCACGCCGUGUUGUUCCAUGCGGAGCUCGAGCAGGUUAGAGCCUCGGUGCCUCAGCAUCUCAAGUCAAAUGUGCUUAUCAUGGGCCACCUCAACACCGCAAGUUUACGUUUGUGCGAGCCGCCUAGGAUCGACGCGGAGCUUCUGGAGAAAGUAUCCAACUCUCUAACGUCUCUGUGCCUCGAUUCCGCAUCUUCUUUCCUAGAUAUAUUCUAUCGAUCUAGCGCUGCUCUUAGGACCUGGUUCGAUUACUGGCUCUCCGUCGACGUCGGAUAUUAUUUUCUCCUGCCCAUGUCAGUGUCUGCUCAUCUGAUCACCGCUGUCAUGAUGCUGGCUCGGUGGGCUAAACUGUCGGGUCCUGGCGCUCACCACACUCCAGGUGUGGCUUCUAUGACAGCUCCCACCGUGGCACAGGCUGCGCCGGAAAACACCACCGCAGGCACGGCUCCCACCCUUGGGGCCAACGACAUAGACCCCAUGAUCCCACCCGAGGUUCAGAUUGAUGUUCGAGAUAUCCUUCAGGCCAUGGCGACGAGGUUUGAGCAAGCUCGUCAUGUCGUCGCGGGGGAGGGCGAGAUGUGGGAGAAUGAUAUUUGGGAUAUGGCGGCGAGGAAGAUCAAGGCCACAGGCUACAAGUUGGAGAGAUGGGCCGAAAUGGUGGCGUCUGUGGGUGGUGAGAGCUCAUUAGGUCGGAAGCCCUCAUCGACGGACAAUGACAACCCACGCCGGCCGAACCGAGGCAGUGAGGGCACGGAAAGAAGAAACUGGUUGAGGGAGGUUGGGGUGGAUUCCGACCCUCCAAUAUCAUUCUCACGAGAAGAACGUCUCCCGGGUGCUUCGUGGGCCAAUGAUGUAUUCGAAGGACUGGGCCUCGAUCGGGAUUUCUUCUUUGACGGCCCAGGUGACUAUGGUACAGCGAUCCUAAGUAGCCUCGAGCUCUCGGAUGUCUAG